AUGACAUGGCCUACACUACCGGCCAGAGCGGCGUAUCUCGCACUGCAGAAUGGUAAACGACGAAAUGCAUUGUCUCUCGCCGUGCUGCGUGACCUCAAAGAGCAGCUAAUGCGAUACAAUACGUCGCCUACCGAUGGAAGACUCCGAAUUCUGCCGCCUUUCAAAGCAAGCAUUUUGAAUGACCUAGAAAGAGUCUCCGAAGGGAAAGCUAGCGAUGAAACCACCUCAGACCUCGCCUGGCUCCUUGAUGGCGAGACUUGGAGGAGCGAGCGAGAAGGUCUGCCUUCGGUCGUCGUUCUGAGGAGUGAGGGACCGGUGUUCUCAUCCGGCCACGACCUCCGCGAACUCUCGCAACUUUCCCAUGAAGACGUCAAGACAACAUUCGAGCUAUGUGCAGAAGUCAUGACCCUGAUACGCAGAUCUCCCGCGCCGGUUGUUGGUGUGAUUCAAGGACUAGCUACGGCUGCAGGUUGUCAACUUGCACUGACGACCGAUCUGCCUAUGGCUGCAGCCGACACCAGACUGCAGCUCCCGGGAGCCUCGAUAGGUCUACCGUGCACCUCUCCGUCAACAGCCGUCUCUCGCAAACUUGGCACAAGCCUUACAUAUCGCAUGCUCGCCCUGGCCGAACCUAUCCGAGCAGCUGACUUGCCCCCUGGAACUAUCGAGAUAGUGCCAGACGCAGAGUCGCUGGAGAGACGAGUGCAAGAGGUCGUAAUGAAGCUGGCUGACCAGAGUGGUGCGCAAUCUCAGGCUCUUGGAAAAUGGGCAUUUUGGACGCAAUCGGGACUUGGUGGCUCGGAUUCUGGUGGCGACGGCUACGAGGCAGCUGUGUCUUGGGCAGGUAGAAUUAUGGCCCUCCAUGCUCGUUCUGACGAUGCCAAAGAAGGUAUCACAGCAUUUUUCGAAAAGCGGACGCCGAUGUUCAAGCUCUGA